AUGUGGCUCUCCCAGGGCCUCCUCCUGCUGGCGCUCUACACCGCGCCCAGCAUCGCCGCCUCGAUUCUCCCAACAGCCGCUUCGUCCACCUUCCCGUCGUGCGGCCUGACCUGCUCCACCUUGACAGGUGCCCAGACAAGCUGCGAGAGCAAUACGGACCAGUCCACCUGGGUCUCCUGUUUCUGCGCGUCGGCCUUGCUGACGGGCCUCAAAUCCUCCGGUGCCGUCUGUAACACUUGCAGCAGCUCCGACCAGCAGCUCCUCUCGACCUGGUACAAUGACUACUGUAACUCGGGGGGCAAAGUCGACGAUGGGAGCAACGGCGGCGCCGCCGCUGCCGCUCCCACUGUCACCACCUCGUCCGGGGCAACCGCGACUUCUUCGGCUGCUGCCGCAGCUUCGCCGUCGAGCCAGGCCACACCAUCCUGGUGGAGCACCCACUAUCGCUGGGUGAUCAUGGUGAUCGUUCUGAUCAUCGGGUUCAGCGCCCUAGCCGUCGGCGGCGUCUUCCUCAAGCGUCGGUACGACGCCAAACGUCCCAAUCUAUACCACGGCGGCAACAAUAACAGCAGCAUGCUCUACGAUCGCAACUCGGGCGUGCUCAGCCCCGCGCCCGGCUCGAUCGGCCCUGGCGGGAGUCCCUGGAGCGCAUCCCCGGCCCCCGGACAGUCGCGCGGUGGCUCGCGCGCCGACGUACCCAUGGGCGCCCCCAGUCCAAAUGGUCGUUCGCGUCUGCAGAAGAUGUCCAUGUCCGACGAUGUGGAGAUCCGUGAGGUUCGGCGGUGA